AUGACAGAAAAGUGCUUGGGGCGGCUUGGGGUUGAAGCCUUCAAAGCAGGAAAACUCAUUAGGAAUGCCGGCGAAACAAAAUAUCGGCUCUUUCCAGAUGUCUGCCUACCACCUUUGCAAACGCAGCUCGGAAUAUAUCCAAAAAUUACCAACUUAGCCUCUGCCAACAACCUCCAAGUCUCAUUGAACUUUCUUAAAGAAGAUCCACUGUACAAAACAGUCCGCCAUUAUGAGGUUUGGCUUGAUGAUAAGAUACCCGCUGGCUUGCCAAAGACAAACGUCAAAUUCGAAUUGUACCACAACAUACCGAUAAUCGACGCUCGAGCUGAUGGGCUGGAUACUUUCAGUAUCGAAGAACAAGGCUUCGAAUUCUUGUUUCAGAAAUUUCCUCGUCAGUUCGAGAUUAGUGGAUCCGAUGCCGCCAAUUCGAGUCCCGAGCAACGUCAGUCAAUCCUAGGCUAUCUGGAUCUCAUGGCAGAUUUCCUAUGUGGAUCCCCUAACGGGAUCAAGAAAUCACUUUCCUAUCUCCUCACCGAGGAGGAGAAAGCUGAUAUUGUCGAAGUUAGAUAUCGCCUGAGGGUCAUCAACUUAUGGCGUCCCUUGGAACCAGUUGUUGAAAAUCAACCCCUCGCCUUCUGUGACCGACGUUCCGUCCAAACCUCGGACUGGGAGGAGUGGUUUUGGUUGAGCAAUCAGACUAUGGACGAAGUCACUGCAAUUGUGGUGUUGGACUCUGCUGACCCGGACAGCCUAACUGCGAACGUACCACCUUGCUCGUUAAAAUUGCCGGUGGAAGAUUCGUCAGCUAAACUUCGAGAGAGCAUUGAGAUCAAAAUCAGAUUUGUCUAUGUGGGAACAUCUCUCCUCUGA